GGCACUGAGAUUUGUUUGGCAUGCCUCGAACCCCAUGCAUUAGCAUAGCGCUUUGGUUUCUGUGGGUAAUUUUGAGGGAGAAUCUUAAAUUCUUCAACAGUUGUGUCGUGUUGGACUAUAUGUUCCAUGUCCAGCAGUAUAUACUACCCACUGACGAGACUGAUGGGGAAUGUGAGAGCAGAGUUCUCAAAAGAGUUGUCGCUAAAGUUGGAGGGAAAGGAGGAACUUCUUGCCUUUCAUUGAAAUAGAUCCUUUUUGUUUUGUUGUCUUCUUUCUCACAGCAGAAAUCACAUUCAGUCCUCACAGAAGCGUGACAAUAAGGAGGAGUAUUUGAAACAAUAUGCAAUGAAGAUGCAGGCCUGAACACAAAUUCCCAAGAAGGACAGAAUUGACCGUCCAUCAUUCAAGCUAAAGAGCGCACUCAUGGAGAAGCUUAUUAAGCCAAGCGAUAAGGAAUUCAUGAGGAUGGCCAUUUUAAAACAUGAAGAGACUUUCAGAGAGCAGGUGUACGAACUCCAUCGUUUGUACCAGAUCCAGAAGACGCUAAUGAAGAAUGUGGAAAAUGGAAGAGUAGUUCAAGUAACCCAACGAGGAUGGAACAUGAAGAAAGCGAUUAGUUUAGCUCAAGCCACUAAUCAUCUUAAAGAUACACAGAAAAAGCCGGAAAUCAAAUUUGAUCUUGAACGGCCAGCGGAAGAGUACAGUGCAGAAUCUGAUGGUGAUGAGGUAGAGAUCAUAGAUGAGUCUGAGAUUGAGCUGACACUAGGCCCCUCAAGUUAUUACAACCGUAGAAAGAGAGUUGAUACACCACUAACUUCGGAUUCUGGACAUAGCUUGUCUUCUUCUUCCACUGUAUCCAGCCAUAUAAACAAGAAAACAAGAGAAGAUUCAAGUGGAAUGAGAAACAGUUUCGAUGAUCUUGCAGAACGAUCAAGUCAAGAGAGGCUAAAACAGCCACCUUGGCCUUUUCAAGUGUUGAGUCUGAACAUGACUUGAUUCAAUACACAGUUAAAUUGCUGUUUAUGGCUAAACUUUGUGGAUGAUGUUUGUGUGGAAUGUUCUGGCUACUCGUCAAGUGUGGUGGGGUUUGAUGAAGUUUAAUAUAAGUUGUUUCCCCGGUGAACUCCAGUCACAUUCAGCAUCAUAAUCUGUUAAAGCCAUGAAAACGAUCAUUUUGUUGAUUAUGGCGAACAGCAAUGCCUUUAAGCUUAUUAAAGCCCUCGCAGUAGUUUUGCCAUUCAUCUGGAAGACUGGAUAUGUAAUUAUGGAAAAGGAGGAAUUAAAUAAUGCAGAUAAGUGAUUUUUCAUUUCUUUAUUCUGACUCUACUUUCCACCUAUCAUUCACAAACUAGAUUACAAGAAAACAUAGUCUAGCUGCUACCCUGUAUCAGAUUAACAGAAUAUUUCCUUUCGAACAUGAUGUUUUUAAUAGACUUUAAAUUGGUAGUAUUAACAUGUUUAUUUUGCCCGAUAGAACCCGUGGACAA